AUGGGGUUCAACUUCAAAAGAGUGGUCGACUUUAUCGCGCCCAGCGCAGAUAAGGAAGACGAUGGCCGUGAUAAAUGGCCCUCGCGCGCAGCCUUUGUGCUCGCUGCCAUGGGCGGCGCUGUUGGCCUCGGCAAUCUUCUCCGCUAUCCCUCCGUCGUCUUCGCCAACAAUGGUCUUCAGUGGUUCAUUCCGUAUCUCAUCGCCCUCUUCUUCCUCGGAAUCCCAGUUCUGUGCCUCGAGAUCUGCAUCGGCCAAGCCUACCGCGGCAGUGUCGUUGUCGCCUUCAAUGGGAUCAAUAAGCAUACCAAGGGUGUCGGCUUGGCCGUCAUCAUGAACGGAUUUAUCGUUGCUACUUACUACGUCCCUAUCUUGGCCUGGAUCAUGCAUUAUUUUCGAUGCUCUUUCGAGAGCCCUCUUCCCUGGACCGGUCGCGGACAGGAAUUCUACAUGCAGGAUGUUAUCGCCAAUGAUGAUCCCAUUGUUCCCGAGGGUUCUGGAUAUGUCGAGUAUCCCGGCACUGGCUUCGUCGGCGAGACUGUCGGCUGGGUUGCCUUUAUGUGGGUGCUCGUGUGGCUGUGCAUGUUCAAAGGCGUUGGGACAACCGGCAGGGUUGUCUACUUCACCAUGGGCCUGCCCGUCAUCAUGAUCAUCAUCAUCCUUGGCCGAUCAGUUUCUCUCCCAGAUGCCUCGACUGGCAUUAAGUAUUAUUUUGGUGAGUGGAAUGGUGAGAAACUCGGCAGUGGCGGUAUUUGGCAAGCAGCUUGCGGACAGAUCUUUUUCUCUAUCGGCGUGGGCUUUGGAUAUUUCACAUCCUAUGCUUCCUACAACAGCAAGCAUGCAAACGCCGUGCAGGACACUCUGAUUAUCGCAAUCUGCAACUCUCUAUAUGAAGUUGUUGGUGGCUUUGCCGUUUUUGGUGUCAUUGGUUUCUUGGGUUACUCUCCUGACGACUCGUCCAUCUCGCUGAGUACUUUUACCGUUGGCUUCUUGACUUACCCCCUUGCAUUGGCGGAAAUGCCGGGUGCCAACGUCUGGGCUGUUCUAUUUUUCCUCACGCUGGCUGUUCUUGGCCUCAGCUCCGCGUUUGCUCUCAGCGAAUCCCUUGUCACGCUCAUCUGCGACUGUGGACUGGGUCGCAAGUUCUCGAGAGUACUGAUCACCACUGUCAUCAUUCUUCUUUCCUUCCUCCUCUCCCUUAUAUAUUGUACCAAAUUCGGCUUCUACCUCCUCGACGCUGUCGACACCUGGAUCAACAAUCUCUCACUCAUCUUUGUGGUCUGGUGCGAGUGUGUAUGUGCUACGACCCUCUAUCGCUAUAAGGAUGUCGUUGGACAGAUUGGAUGGACGGGGUACCUAGUUUACAACAUCGGUUAUGUCUUAUCUAUGGUACUUGGUGUAGCAAUCGGUCAUGCCGUGAGCCCUGCUGCCGGCGCAGGCGUUGGAUUCGGCAUUUUCAUCGCAUCUAAUAUUCUCGCCAUCAUUCUUUCCAAGUCCCCCGACUCUAGACCUCCUGGAUUCUUUGGCAAGAACAAUGUAUUGUCGAAGAUGUGGUGGUUCUCAUUCUACUCUUUCAACCAGCUUCGCCGAGAUCUCAACAUCGUCGUUGCAGGUGGAAAGAGAUGGAACAUCCCAGUCUUCUGGGGCUUCGUCCUCCGAUACAUCUCAGCCCCAAUCUUGGCAAUAAUCGUUUCUUUUGCCUUCCCGUUGUUCUACACCAAGCGAAACGACCCGUUGCAUAUUUUCGCCUUCGCUUCCGCUUGUGGCGUUAUGUGUAUUGUUGCCGCUGGCUUCAUCCUCCCGCGAUGGUUCGACGUCUUCGUCCCUCCUGAGAAGCUCCAUCUUAGUGAUACUUUCUAUGCCCCUCAGGUGGUCAUGGCUCCUCUCGAGGUUCAUCGCGAUGAGGUCAUUGAGCAUGGACAACGUGCUGGGGAGGGAUAUGUCGAGCCUUACCCGAGGAAGAAGACAGAGGCUCAGAGCUUCUGA